GGCGAAGCGCUUGGCGUUCUCCAGGUUGCGGAAGAUUUCAUCAGGUGGAAGGGUGAUGCUCUUAUCCAAACUGCCGUGCCCGCCGCUCCCUCUGCCUCCCCGCUCCGCCAUUUUGAACGCUAGCCCCGCUCCUCGCCCGGCCUCAUCGGUAUGCAAACGGUGUAUUGAGGCAGCACUGAAAACCAUCUAAGCUGCUGGAGCGAACUGCUGUGUCCCAUUGCCUGAGGCCUGGCCUGCAGGGGCAGAGGUGUGCUCAUCUCCCAGUGUGCUGCUUGUGCAUGGAGUAUGCCUGAGGAUCUAGAGGUGGAAACGGCGGAGGGAGGCAUGUGUGAGAGUGUGGGAAACUCCGCCAAGCCUCAGACCCACAGACUCUCAGGAAGGCUGCACAGUAUAAAUGCAGGGCCGAGGCAGCUUCCAGCGACACAUUUCUCCUGGACUUCCACUCUGAGACAUUCCUUCCCCUCUCGGGACAGAUGGCUCCCAGCGUUGUUUUCCUGGAGCCCGACAACCUGCUGACUCCAAAGGAGAGAAACAAACUCAGGAAGCCGGUGGUGGAGAAGAUGCGCCGUGACCGGAUUAACAGCAGCAUUGAGCAGCUGAAGCUGCUCCUGGAGAAGGAGUUCCAGAGACACCAACCCAACUCCAAGCUGGAGAAAGCUGACAUCCUGGAGAUGACUGUCAGCUACCUGAAGCAGCAGAGCCAGCUGCAAAUGAAGACUUCAGGAUCCUUCCAUAAAAGCUCUCAGUUUGACUUCAGAGAGGGUUAUUCUCGGUGUUUGCAAGAGGCUUUCCAUUUCCUCUCUCUUCAUAAAGUCCGAACUGAAACACAGACCAAGCUCCUAAGUCACUUCCAGAAGAGCCAAUCCACUGCUCCAGAGGUUUCCUUUUCCCCCAGCAAGCCCAGCACCCUGAAGCAAGCAUCACCAAAAGACGCCGGUACUCUCUGGAGGCCCUGGUAGUCAGGGAAGCUCUCACUUAGUGAACCUUUGCCUCUUAGAGUCCAGAGGAAGAAACUGACUGCAUCCGAUAGUCCAGCUCUGAUCCUCUCUUCUGUAGGGUGCAUUAUUUCCCCAUAUACUUUAUUUAUGUGUGAAAAGAAUGGCGUGCUUUUGACUUUUAUGGGAUCCUUUGGCAAAAGCUCAGGCAUUCUGUUGUGUGGUAUUGAAGCUGUGUAGGUACUGGUGGUACAGAGCACAGUGUGUUGCCCACUUUGUGGGCACAUGUCUCCAAAUGAAGGAGGAUAUUUUUGUAGAAGUUACUUUUGUGAUGGGCAAGAAUUGCAGUAAGAGAAUUUCCCUAGUAUUGCAUGUAAGAGCCAUUGGCUUUGCUCUGGUAUGUCUGGUAACUCUCGUUUGCUCAGUCAUUCUGGAGAGUAAAUGUGCAACUUCAGUUCAUGCACACUUAAUUAAAUUCCAAUUCCUCCCAUUUGCUCAUAACUUGUACUGUGUGAAAGGUGGUUUUUGCUUUGUCCUGGACUUUUCUUCUUUGAUAGUCCUAGCACAUACAGUGUGAUGGAUGAACUGAAGCUAGGAAACUAUGUGGAAUAUUUCUACUAUUUUGCUGCUUUUUUCGAUUUAGAAAAAUAAUGUGUUACUGCUUUAUGUUAAAGAAAAGAGUAGAUAAAAGGCUCGAUUUGUCAAUGUUAUAUAUUUGGGUGUAAGUUAUGCUUUUUCUAGCAUCUUCAUUAUAAUAAUGAUUGUUUGUCUGUAUUGAGUGCUGUAAUCCAUGGUGGAUAGUGUUUCUCCCAUUCCUGGGACAGCCCUACGGCUUACAUGCAUACUGUGUAUGCGUC